GUCGCGCUAUGCGGAGUUCCAGUUUAAUUGCCAGCCGUCCCUGCAGGCUGCGAGCGGCUGCCGGAGGGACAGCUAUGCUGCCUGUCUGCUGGCGUAUACAGGGAUCAUAGGCAGCCCCAUCACACCCAACUACAUUGACAACUCAACUUCCAGCAUAGCUCCCUGGUGCACGUGCAAUGCCAGCGGCAAUCGGCAGGAAGAGUGUGAGAGCUUUCUGCAUCUCUUCACCGACAAUGUCUGCCUCCAAAAUGCCAUUCUGGCCUUUGGCAAUGGGACCUACCUGAAUGCAGCUGUGGCCCCAUCCAUCCCCCCCACCACACAGAUGUACAAGCAGGAGCAAAAUGCCAACAGAGCUGUGGCGACCCUCAGAGAGAACGUCUUCGAGCACCUCCAGCCCACCAAGGUGGCCGGAGAGGAGAGGCUCCUGCGGGGCUCCACUCGUCUGUCAUCAGGGACCUCCAGCCCAGCAGUUCCCUCCUGCUGGGCGAUGUGGCUUCUCCCCACUCUUGUUGUGCUGAACCUCUUCGUGAUGUGA